GACUGCAAUGUAGGAGAUGGGUUCGGUGAGAGCAGCGCUUGCAUCAGAGGAGUGCCUCCCGUGGGUUUUUAAGAAAAGAUUCAGGGUCGCGAUCAUUUCUGUGUGCUCUCCCUCGCGUUUGUGUGUUUAAUUUUUUUUUUUUUUUUUUACAAACAGUCAUUACUGACCGCUUCUGUCAGUUUUUAGUAGAAAGAGUGACAUUUGUUUUACGGAGAAACUUUCCAAAGGAUAACAGCGAGCUUGGUUUGAGGAGGUGUAUGUCACGAUGGCCCAGUGGAACCAGUUACAGCAGCUGGAGACGAGGUAUCUGGAGCAACUCUACCACUUGUACAGUGACAGCUUCCCCAUGGAGCUACGGCAGUUCCUUGCUCCCUGGAUUGAGAGUCAGGACUGGGCCUACGCUGCCAAUAAGGAGUCACACGCCACACUGGUGUUUCACAACCUCUUGGGAGAAAUAGACCAGCAGUACAGCCGGUUCCUGCAGGAGAACAAUGUACUCUACCAGCAUAACCUGCGCAGGAUUAAGCAGCAUCUGCAGAGCAAGUACUUGGAGAAGCCGAUGGAUAUCGCCCGCAUCGUUGCCCGCUGUCUGUGGGAGGAGCAAAGACUGCUGCAGACCGCCACAUCUGCUGCACAGGAUGGCCAGGCCGCCCAUCCUACCGGGACAGUAGUGACAGAGAAGCAGCAGAUCCUGGAGCACAACCUUCAAGACAUCAGGAAACGAGUGCAGGAUAUGGAACAGAAGAUGAAAAUGCUUGAGAAUUUGCAGGACGACUUUGACUUCAAUUACAAGACUUUGAAAAGUCAAGGAGAGUUGUCCCAGGACCUGAAUGGGAAUAGCCAAGCAGCUGCUACCAGACAGAAAAUGGCUCAGCUUGAGCAGAUGCUGAGCGCCCUGGACCAGCUCAGGAGGCAAAUUGUGACAGAGAUGGGAGGCUUGCUGACCGCCAUGGAUUAUGUACAGAAGAACCUGACAGAUGAAGAACUAGCAGACUGGAAGAGAAGGCAGCAAAUUGCCUGUAUUGGAGGUCCACCUAACAUCUGCCUGGACCGCCUUGAAACAUGGAUUACAUCCUUGGCUGAGUCCCAGCUCCAGAUUCGUCAGCAGAUCAAGAAGCUGGAGGAGCUUCAGCAAAAGGUGUCCUACAAAGGAGACCCCAUCAUCCAGCACCGGCCUGCCCUGGAGGAGAAGAUUGUGGACUUGUUCAGAAACCUAAUGAAGAGUGCUUUUGUGGUCGAAAGGCAGCCUUGUAUGCCCAUGCAUCCAGACAGACCUCUGGUCAUAAAGACAGGAGUGCAGUUCACAAAUAAAGUCAGGUUACUGGUAAAGUUUCCUGAACUCAAUUACCAGCUGAAAAUUAAAGUUUGCAUUGACAAGGAAUCGGGGGAUGUGGCUGCAAUUAGAGGGUCACGAAAAUUUAACAUCCUCGGUACUAACACAAAAGUUAUGAACAUGGAGGAAUCCAACAAUGGCAGCCUGUCAGCAGAGUUUAAACACUUGACCCUGAGAGAACAGCGGUGUGGCAACGGUGGCCGGACAAAUAGUGAUGCCUCUCUGAUUGUCACAGAGGAGCUCCAUCUCAUCACUUUUGAGACAGAAGUCUAUCACCAAGGACUGAAGAUCGAUCUGGAGACUCAUUCCCUUCCUGUGGUAGUUAUUUCCAACAUCUGUCAGAUGCCCAACGCCUGGGCUUCCAUCCUGUGGUACAACAUGCUCACUAACCACCCAAAGAAUGUGAACUUCUUCACCAAGCCUCCAGUGGGGACAUGGGACCAGGUGGCUGAGGUUCUAAGCUGGCAGUUUUCUUCCACCACCAAGAGAGGCCUGACCAUUGAACAGCUCACCACACUGGCUGAGAAGUUACUAGGGCCUUGUGUCAACUACUCUGGCUGUCAGAUCACUUGGGCCAAGUUCUGCAAGGAAAACAUGGCUGGCAAAGGCUUCUCCUUCUGGGUGUGGUUGGACAACAUUAUUGACCUGGUGAAGAAGUAUAUCCUGGCACUGUGGAAUGAAGGGUAUAUCAUGGGCUUUAUCAGUAAGGAGAGGGAGAGGGCUUUACUUAGUCCAAAACCUCCUGGCACCUUCCUGCUGCGCUUCAGUGAGAGCAGCAAGGAGGGGGGCAUUACAUUUACAUGGGUAGAAAAGGACAUCAGCGGAAAGACCCAGAUCCAGUCAGUGGAGCCCUACACCAAGCAGCAGCUCAACAGCAUGUCUUUCGCCGACAUCAUCAUGGGCUACAAGAUUAUGGAUGCCACCAACAUUCUGGUUUCGCCUCUCGUGUAUCUCUACCCUGAAAUUCCAAAAGAGGAAGCUUUCGGGAAAUACUGCAGGCCAGAAGCAGCUCCUGAACCUGAAAUGGGAGGAGACUCUACAGGCACUAUUCAGCCAUACUUGAAGACAAAGUUCAUCUGCGUCACCCCGUGUCCCUCCGUGUUCAUGGACUUGCCGGACAGUGAGCUGCUUGGGAACGGAUUCCCAGGCACUAACUCUGGAAACACCAGUGACCUGUUCCCCAUGUCGCCUCGUACCCUUGACUCCCUGAUGCACAAUGAAGCUGAAGCUAAUCCAGGACAUUUGGAUUCACUCACUUUGGACAUGGAUGUAGCAUCACCUAUGUGAGGAGAUUUGUCAAGUUUCUUCAUUUCUGUUCUUUCCCUGUUUGAUAUUAUGUUGUGAUAGAGGAUUCAGUGAUUCUUUCUCCCUCUGUGCACAUCUGCCUGUACAGUUUUAUUUCUUGUUCCUAUGUAAACUUUCACACCAGAGGGAAUUGGGUGAUUUUAAAAAGAUGUUCUUUUAAAAAAAAAAAAGCGUUUUGACUUUCCACCUAUAGCUUGGUGUGUGAAACUGAUACUGACCUGUUGUAAGCAGCAUCCUGCUCCCAUUCAGUACUUUCCCAUCUUCAUAGAUGUACCUUUUUAUGUGUCCGGAAUUGUAUUUUUUGAGAACAUUAUAUUUUUGCGUUGUUCACUUUUAAAAUGGUUAUGAAUUAAUGUGUUCUUUUCUUUUGAAUAAGAAAAUGUAACAAGAAUAAUUGUUGUAUAAGCUAUGCCGCUUUGGAAUUGUGCUUUGACCGUUUUUUAUGCAUUUAGUGUUUCUCUCCAAUAUGUUUUGUCCCAUUUUCAAUUCUUGCCAAAUAUAAUGUCACAGGUUUUCCGCAAUAACAUUGUUUUAUUUGAAAUGGUUUGGAUUAUUUCAUAUAUUUCUUAGAGCCAUUUGAAAAGCGAACGAAUUCAAUGCGAUUCUGAGGUAAUUUCUUUCUGUAUGCUACUUUCCCUUAUAGUGAAUGAAGAAAUUACAUGACAUAGCCUGUAGAAGUGGUGCUCUGUUUCUUGUCACUGCCACUUAAAUAUUGUAAUUUGUGAUCAUGUGAAUUGCACUUGCUUUUGAAAUUAGCAUUUUCUACAUUUUGGUUGUGCCUGACUUCACCUGAUAUGAUCAGAUAUGUAAUGUAAAUCACUUUAUGAGCAAUGUAUUUUAGGACAAACUUGUUAUCAAAAUAACCAUGGAUGUAUUUCACUCUAACAGAGUGUACACAGUAAGGUGUGUAGCGGUUGACUUUUAACCUUUCAUACAGUUGAGCAAACCCUGUCACUUGAGUUUAAUGCAAACAACAUUUUUGUUUGUCUGUCAUGCCACAAAAUGUAAAGAGGUUUUCUGUAAAAUAUGCUGUAACUAUUCAUUAUUUGACAGAAGGCAAUAAAAACAAGUUAGCACUAAAA